UUGAUUAUUAUUAUUUUGUCGUAUAAAACCUUUUCAGAUAAAAAGAAACGAAAUGCACCCAGGAAACUUCAAAGAAACAUUUUGCAGGCUUUGUCAAAAUAUUAUAAAGGAUACGAGUUACCAAUUGGCAGGAGAAGUUCUAGAAACUGUGUUACCAACUCUGAAUUUGGACGAAAGAGCUGAACAUUUCAUGUGUAAAGAAUGUUCCAUAAAAUUACAUGCCGCUUUUAAUUUUAAAUUGAUGUGUAUGGAUACUGAAGAUGUUAUUUUUUCUCAUAUUAAUGACAGUAAAAUGUCGCUGGUUGAUUUAAAAGAUGUUUAUGUAACGGAGAAGGGAAAUCUCCAGUUGACUGAUAUACCUAAAAAUCAAAAAAUUUGUCGAUUAUGUAUUCAGUAUGUAACAUUUGGAUGUGCAUCACUAAAUGAAGUAGAUAUUGACAUAAUUAAUACAAAUAUACCACGAAUUAACCUCAGUGUUACCAGUAACCCUGUUAUAUGCGGGCCAUGUUUUGAUUCGCUUCGUACGCAUGGCGAUUUUUUAAAGAAAUGCCUUGAUACACAUGAAAAAUACAAAAGUGCUGAUAAGCAGUCUUAUAUUAAAUCUGAAAAGAUUGAAAUAAAAGUGGAAGGUAGUCAAGAUGGGCAAGAGAAAUAUAAAAGUAUUAAUGAGGGGUUUUAUAUUAAGUCUGAAGAGAUUGAAAUAAAGAUAGAGGAAGACGAUAGUAAUUCUUCACACAACCUAGAAGAUGGAAGAAGUGAAAAUAAAAACAGGUGCAUUUCGGAAGAUGUAAAAGAAAUAAAGGAGGAAUAUAAAUAUGAGACAGGAUUUAGCGAUGACUGCACAAUGUCAAAGUUAGUUCACAAUGUUCAAAUACCCAAAACCCAAAUGUCUAGAUUGCAAAAACCUGAACUUCUGUUAGAUACCCGAUUGUACCAAUGUGAUAAAUGUAAAUUUGAAACUGAGUUUAAAAAGACUCUGAAAGAGCAUAGAUUAAUGCACAAACAUUUUUCAGAAAUCCAAGUGUACAAAUGUGAUAAAUGUACUUAUGUAACUAAAUAUAAAUCUUCUCUAAACAGGCAUCAGGUAAUGCACAAAUAUCGUCGUGAAAUCCAAUUGUACAAAUGUAGUACUUGUGCUUAUGAAACUAAACUUAAAAAUCGUUUGGAAAGGCAUCAAUUAACACACAAAAAUUCCUCAGAAAUCGAAAUGUACCAGUGUGAUACAUGUGGUUUUCAAACUAAAUAUAAGUACUAUCUGAAGAGCCAUCAGAUAACACACAAAAAUUCUUCAGAAUUCGAAAUGUACAAGUGUGAUGUCUGUAGUUUUCAAACUAGAUUUAAAAAAUAUCUGAGGGCGCAUCUGUUAAUACAUAAAAAUUCUAGGAAAAUCCGAAUGCACAACCCUUCAGAAAUCCAAAUGUACAAGUGUGAUACGUGUACUUUUGAAACUAAGUUUCAAAGCAGUCUAAGAUCGCAUCAAAUAAUACACAAAAACCCUUCGGAAAUCCAAAUGUUCAAGUGUGGUACAUGUAAUUAUAAAACUAAACAUAAGAAUGAUCUGAAUGCACAUCAGAUAAAGCACAAGGACCCUUCAGAACUCCAAAUGCACGAGUGUGAUACAUGUGGUUUUCAAACUAAAUACAAGUACUAUCUGAAGAGGCAUCAGAUAACACACAAAAAUUCUUCAGAAAUACAAAUGUUUAAAUGUGAUAUUUGUGCUUUUGAAACUAAAUAUAAGUCUGGUCUAAACAGGCAUCAGAUAACUCACAAAGAUGCUUGUGAAAUCCAAAUGUACAAAUGUGGUACUUGUAUUUAUGAAACUAAACAUAAGAGUUAUAUAAAAUUACAUCAGUUACUGCACAAAAGUUCUUCAGAAAUGCAAAUGUACAAAUGUGAUGAAUGUGGUUUUCAAACUAGACAUAAGAACUAUCUGGGGACGCAUCAGUUAAAACAUAAAAAUUCUUCGGAAGUCCAAAUGUACAAAUGCUGCUCUUGUAUUUAUGAAACUAAACAUAAGAAAUUUCUGAAACUGCAUCAGUUAAAGCACAAAGAUCCUUCUGAAAUCCGAAUGUACAAGUGUGAUACAUGUAGUUAUGAAGCUAAACGUAAGACUAAUUUGAGAGAACAUAUGUUAGUGCACAAAGACAAAAAGUACCAAGUGUACAAGUGUGAUCGGUGUACUUAUAAAACGAAAUGUAAAAAUAGUUUGAAAAGGCAUCAGUUAACACAUAAAAAUUCUUCAGAAAUGCAAAUGUGAUACUUUUACCUAAACAUCAGCAUCAUCUAAAAUGUCAUCAAGUAAUACACAAAGAUCAUUUAGAAAUCCAAAUGUACAAAUGUAAGGUAAGAAUGAGAACCCUUCUCCAACAUGAUUGUGGUAUAUGUCACAUGUCGAUAUAUAGUAUAAAUUAGUAGUAUUAUAUUGAUUAUAGCAAUUUUCUUUUUUACCUGACCUCUUUAGAGGUUAAUAUUAUAACGGUCUUUGCUUAGAGAUUAGAGUAUCUUGGAAGGUAAAUCAGUGGAUUAGAUAAGAUCAAUAAAGUAUCUCUUUAUAAAUAAACAAACUUCAAUGCUAAAUGUAAAAUUCUUCAUUCUUUACAAGGACAUAUAUUUUUGCAUGGGCGUAGUUGGGGGUGAAUUGUUGCUGCAUGCUGCAAGUUUCAAAAAUUACAUUACUAUUACUGAACGCAUUUUCCAUUCACUUAGUGUUUAGGUUUUGAAGUGCGUUAAGUUUUUUUUUAGAGGCUUCCAUAGAGCUUACAACCCUGACCCCACCCCAAGCAAACAUCCUAGCUACCCCCAUACGUUUUUAUUUUUGUGGAGAAUUUGUAACCCAAUUUUAUUGUUCAACUUAAUUAUGUUUAAAUACGUUUGAUGGCUGUUGUAUUGAUGAAAAUAAAAAUAUGUCGCUCUGA